AUGAACACUGUUGGUCAGCUUGAAGAGGAGUACGCUCAACUGAUUGAACAAGGCGAAGACGCGAAAAGAAAUGUUCAUAGAUUUGUCGACGACGUGAUCGCGGUCAUUCAAGCCAAGAGGGAAAAUAUUAUUGCAAAGGUUGAAAGCCAAACAAAAACAUCCCUUCAAGCUCUAACAGCUGAGAAAACGGAGACUGAGAGUCAAAUAAAGAGCAUUGAAUCAACGCUGGAAAAAACCAACGAGCUUUUGACGCGACGUACAGACGCUGAAAUCGUUCAACUAAAGAAAUCAUUGUGCGCAAUCAUUGCGACUCAAAAUGAAAGCCAACCGAUUAAGCGUGACCCGAAUAACUUUCCUGCUCCGGUUUUCAUGGAAAAUCAAAAGAUGCUAGAUACAGUCAACUCCGAAGAAAUUGGAAGUGUACUACAUGCAUGCAACAAAACGGAAGCAGGAAUGUCUGUUACGGAGGGCAAAGAACUGAGCGAAGCUUUUGUAGGACGCGAGGUGCAGUUUGUUUUGGUCACGAAAAACGCUCAAGGAGAGCGAUGUUAUUUUAAACAUGACAAUGUAACAGUAGAGAUCACUGACGAAAAACAUCGAAAAUGUGACACAGAGGUGCGAAUAAACAACAAUGGAGACGGAAAUUAUCGCAUCAGCUACUUUCCAAGAGAUUUAGGCAGAUUCAUAGUGAGAGUCAAGGUAAAUGGAGAACAAACUCUAGGAAAUCCUCUGAUUGUGCAGGUAAAACAGUUUAAGUCUGUUAUCGUUUCAACUUUUGGAACUUUCGGCUCGUGCGUUGGGAAGUUUAAUAAGCCUUGUGGUUUGGCAGUAAAUGCCAGUGAUGAGAUAGCUGUAACCGAAUCUUAUAACCAUCGAGUUCAAAUCUUUAACACUGAUGGACAUAAUUUAAGAUCCUUCGGUCGAAAAGGUCACGGGAUGGGAGAAUUUAGUAAGCCGAAGGGAAUUGUAUUUCACCAAAAUGGGAAUAUUUUUGUGGCAGACCAAGAUAACCAUAGAGUCCAGGUUUUCAGUGGGGAGGGUGUUUUCCUAAGAAAAUUUGGAGGAAAAGGAAGCCAUAAUACUCAGCUCAGUUUUCUUCGCGGUUUAUCUGUGGAUAGUGAUGGAAAUAUUCUUGUUGUUGAUAAAGGUAACAAGGAAAUCAAAAUAUUUUCCCCUGACGGAAAGUUUUUAAGAAAGUUUGGUGGGCACGGCUCUUUAAAUUUUCCUGUCCACUGCGUUCAAUGUGAUAGAUAUCUCAUAGUGUCAGACAGGGGUGACCAAUGUAUUAAAGUGUUUGACAGGAAUGGAACCUUUCAGUACAAGUUUGGAAAGCAAGGUAGAGGGGACGGAGAAUUUGAAAAUCCCAACGGUUUGUCAGUAAACAAGUCAGGACACUUGAUGGUCUGCGAUACAAGUAAUCACAGAGUACAGAUAUUUGAGCUGAGUGGAAAGUUUGUUGCUAAGUUUGGAACAAAAGGUAGAGAUCCUGGCGAAUUUGAUUUCCCUCGAUCGAUUUCAGUGCUAAGUGAUGGCCGCAUUAUUGUGUGUGAGUUGGGAAACCAUCGCAUUCAGUUGCUCACGUUCGAAUACAAAACUCCAGCUGCCUCAGGUGUAGAUAAUUCGAUCUGA